AUGCAUGAUUUAACAAAUCAAGAAAUAUCCGAUAAAAAAGAUGUAAAAAGAAAAGCUGUUAUAGAUAGUUCAAAAGUCAAAAAAACCCGAAUCAAUAUUAAUGAACCUGAUAAUGAACAAGAAAAUAACUUAUGUUCAGAAAUCGAUAUUGAAGAACGAAAUAUGAAAUUAGCUGAAAGGCAAUUAGCAUAUCGUAGAGCUCAAGCUGAAAUUGAAAAAUUAGAAUUAGAAAAUAUUAAAUUACUUUUUGGUGAGAACGAAGCAGUUGUAGCUACAGUUGUUGAGGGAGUAUUCGAUGAAUUUGUAUUUGAAGAUGUAGGAUCAGAUAAACUUUUAGGUUUAAAUUUAUCAACCCAAAUAAAAUUAUUAGAGUUACUAAUAUCUAACAAGUAA